AUGUCACCCAAAACAUUACUUGCCGUGCUCUCUCUAGCAUUAAUCGUUAAUCUAGUAGUGGGCGCAGCAAUUCCCACUUCGGACCUCCAACACGAAUACGAACAGAUGUCGACUCCCACAUCAUGGUGGACCCAAACGAAGUCCGACAUCAAAGUCCACGAGCAUAAUCUCGCCAAACGCGCCCCCUACUACUUCCCAGAGACAGUCCCAGACGCCGAGGAACUCGCGAAUAGUCUCACAUCUAUGCGCGAGGCUGGAUUUGUUGCAGACUCCCAAACACAAGAGUCAAUGAGAGUGCCGGAUACAGGGAUCGACCUUCGUGCACGGAUACUUCCUUUACGGGACUUGAUAUCCGAGCUAUCUCGUGCGGAGGCGUCCACGCCACUUCUUCUGCCACCUAUAGCCUUCUUUGUCUUCGUCGCGUGCGCUGCCUGCGUGGCCACAGUCUAUCGGAAAAUCAAGUGCGAGCGCUGA